CCCCACUACGCCUCGACUUUCACAUUCACAGCCCUGCUCGCAUUGUACCACGCAUUCUUAGCCCAAUUGCAUACGCAGACGCUCGACAUGUCAGUCCCUGUUGUUAACGGAUAUACACAUGAGUCCGAAAGGAUAGCGCAUACGGAGGAAAAGCAUCUUCCCGGUGGCUGGGUGGUACUCAAGUUUGGGGGGACAAGCGUGGGAAAGUUCGCGGAGAAUAUAGCGCGGAUUGUGCAGACAGGUCUGAAGGGCAAUCGCACCGCUAUUGUGUGCUCGGCGAGGAGUAAUAAUACUAAGCUAGAAGGCACGACCAACAGGCUUCUUCGCGCUGCGAGGGCGGCUGAGAAGGCGGCAUCGAGGGGCUAUGACGAUAUUGUUGAGGCGAUUCGACUCGAUCAUAUCAAGUGCGCAAAGGACACGAUUCGCUCCUCCCAGAUUCUUGCCGCUUACACGGAGGAUGUGAACGCUGAGUGCGAGAGCCUUACGAAGAUCCUCGAGUCUGCGCAGCAUCUAGAGGAGGUUACAAGCCGUGCCGAGGACAAGAUUGUAAGCAAAGGAGAGAAGCUGAGCUCCCGGUAUAUGACUGCCUUGCUGGAGGACUGGGGCGUUGCUGCGCAAUAUGUGGAUUUGUCGGACGUGGUCAAGUCCAACACACCUGCAAAGGGACUGAAUGAUGCCUUCUACAGGGACUUGGCGGAUUCAUUGGCGCAAGAGGUGCAGGCUUGUGGAGAUAAGGUGCCGGUCAUUACUGGCUACUUUGGCAACGUCCCAGGAGGAAUCCUGAACAGCAUCGGACGUGGAUACACCGACCUCUGCGCGGCCUUGGUCGCUGUGGGAAUCAAAGCGACUGAGCUCCAGGUCUGGAAAGAGGUGGACGGAAUCUUUACUGCUGAUCCGCGCAAAGUCCCUACUGCUGCUUUACUCCCUUCUGUCAGCCCUUCGGAGGCUGCUGAAUUGACUUUCUAUGGCUCCGAGGUCAUUCACCCCUUCACCAUGGAGCAGGUCAUCCGCGCCCGCAUCCCAAUCCGCAUCAAGAACGUCAUGAAUCCACGUAACAGUGGUACCGUCAUCUUCCCUGAUCCCGAAGAACAAAUCGAUCCUAAAGCGCCUCUCAAAGAUGCGAGGCUUUUCCGUCCUCGGUCCUCGAGCAUUAUGUCACAGUUGCAGCGGCCGAAGCGACCAACGGCAGUCACGAUCAAGCACAACAUUGUGGUCUUGAACGUUCACAGCAACAAGCGCACUCGCGCACACGGCUUUCUCAUGAAUAUUUUCUCCAUUCUCGAUAAAUGGCAUCUUUCUGUCGAUCUCAUUUCUUCAUCCGAAGUUCAUGUUUCUAUGGCUUUGCAUUCGGAAUCUGCAUUCUUGAGUGGGGGUGGAGAGGAUGAGUAUAGGAUUCAGGACGAUGACCUCCACGGAGCCAUUACGGAGCUCGGCGAUCUGGGCACUAUUGAUAUUGUUCCCGACAUGGCAAUUGUUAGUUUAGUAGGGCGACAACUGAAGAACAUGGUUGGUAUUAGUGGGAAAUUCUUCAGCGUGUUGGGCGAGAACAAUAUCAACAUCGAAAUGAUAUCCCAGGGUGCCAGCGAGAUCAACAUCUCUUGUGUUAUCGAAGAACGCGAGGCCGACCGCGCCUUGAACGUUGUUCAUACGAAUCUCUUUACAUUCUUAGAGUAAGCAUAUUGCAUCAGUGGUGUUGGGGUAGAUGGGAAUGCAUCUAAAAUAUUCAUGCAUGGAGAGAGGAGCUGCAUCAACAUUCUCCAAAGUAAACAAUUUUGGAACUCUGAGUUUCUCAGUUC